GGCGAUGCAGGAGACUUAAGGCCGCUAGGAAAGACUCUGCAUUUGAAGGAAAACAGCCAGCCAGGGAUAAUGGUGGAAGACAGUUGGCUAAAACAGAUGUCAGAUAAGCUGAGUCGAGGCUUUACGGAGCGGGCUGCGCGCGUGCACUCUGCUGUCUUUUUCUCCCGCGGUCACCGGACGUCGGACGCCGACCACUCGACCUGCUAGCCCGCCGUCCACAAUCACGGAUGCCGUCUGUUUUCCAGCGGCAUUACGAAACCGAGCCAGCGCGGACGGAGUCGGCCCCGGCGCACGGCACCUGCUCGCGCCCCUCAAAGUAGCCGCAAAGGUUCGAGCCGCUAGCGCCGCGCCGCCGAUUGGAUCAAGCUAGCAUCAUCCGGACGCGGGCGAACGCGCGUCUCGCCCAGCAUCCAUCCGUCCGCGCGCGCGACGCGGCCAAGUGCCGGAAUGCUAACCAAGGAGGAAGUGUCUCUAACAUGACGAGACGCGCCGCAUCCCGCGGCCGCGCGACCCGUCCAGCUGCCGCCCAGACGUUCUCCCCGUGCCUCGCGUGAUGCCGAGCUCGCGCCAUGUACGUGGCUGGCCGCGUCUGUCUGCAGCCCCGCGGAUGACACGCACACAGGUACCGGCGGUGCACAGCGAUCAGCGGCGGCACAGAUACGCCGUCGCCGGGUAACGUUGACAGACUUGACGCGAGCCUGCUAGCGCCGAGCUAGGCGGCUAACCACACAAUAAAGCCCCCAAACGAACCCGCUACCAAUGGUAUCCCACACGGUGUUAGUCGCGGUGAUCCUGCUCAACGUGUAUAUAGGUGUACAGUCCUUUUUCUACCUAUUCGGCGGCGUCCUCCUGACCGUCCUGUUUGCCAUGGCUUUUCUAAAUGGACCGAGGCUGCUGGACUGGGCGAGCUCACCUCCACAUCUUCAGUUCAACAAAUACGUCCUGACCGGAUACCGGCCGAUCUCCUCGGUGCAGGACUGCAUCAGGAGCCUGUUCUACCUGCACAAUGAGCUGGGGAACAUUUACACUCACGGCAUCCCUUUAGUUUGCUUCCUGGUGCUGCUGCCCCUGAACAUCCCCUGGUCUCAGAUCAGCGUCACCUGGUUGGGCGUGGUGCACUUCCUGGCUUGCCUGUCGCCACAGCUGGGCUCCGUGCUUUACCACCUCUUCAUGAACCACGAGGGAGGGGAGCCGGUCUACCACACCCUCCUCAAGCUGGACGUGUGCGGAAUCUGCAUGAUCAACACGCUGGGGGCGCUGCCCAUUGUCUACAGCACCCUGCUGUGCUACCCGUUCAUCCGCACCGUUGCCCUGUUAGUCUACAUCCUGCUGUCCACCCACGCCAUCUACUGCGCCGUGACGGCUCGGAGCAGCGUUCGCCGGCUGCGCUCCUUCGCCUGGCAGGCGCUGUUCCGCUUCUCCUUCUUCCUGCUGCGCUGGGUGGGCGUGGGCGGCGGCAGCCCCACCUCCCUGCGCCACUUCCUCACCAUGGAUGCGCUGGCCGUGCUGGGCGGGGUCAUCAACAUCACGCGCAUCCCGGAGCGCUUCCGCCCGGGCCUCUUCGACUACUGGUGCAACAGCCACCAGAUCAUGCACGUCCUGGUGGUGGGCUCCAUCCUCUACCUGCACUGGGGCGUGUUGGACGAUCUGCUGUGGAUCAACAGCUACAACUGUCCCUCGGACUGACCCCUUCCCAGCGCCUCCACCCUCCACGACGUGCCAUGGGACAUAUGACUGAGGGACCUCUGGCGGGAGGGGAGGGGGCCUCGUCUCUCGAUGGGGAGAUCGGGUGGAACUAAUGCUGUGAGGUCGGACGACGCGUUGUCUGUGCAUGUGUUCACCUCGUGCUCUCAAGCGCAGAAUGUUCAUAUUUUGGUCCUUUUCAGUACUUUGUGGCAGCGACGACAGAAGUAUGUCAGUAAUACAGUACGCACAAGCAUUGUGACUCUCACCUGCUGCAAACGUGGACGUGCAAUUGUAGAGACAGACGCACAUACACAAUCACACGGGGACCUUUUAAAUGGUUCAAUUAUUCACUCAAAGUGUUAAGGCUCUAGUAAAAGUCAGUGCUUUUACUUAAUAAUAGAAAUGUUACUUGAGCAUCAGUUGAUGUGGUUGGCAGAGACAGUUUGUGCUUCAAUAAUAUCACAUGCUCAAGUCCUCUUAGAUGUCACUGUUGCUACCUAUGCAGCACAUCCAUAUCUGAACUCAUGCACAUCGCCACACACACUCCUGACUCCCUCACACCCAUACUUUUGUACCACACGUACACACCUUGUGUGCUGAGCAGGGCACUCUUGCGUUUCCACAUUCCCCAGCUGAGUUGGCUCCACUGGACCACCUGCUGUGUUGCGUUUUCCCCGUCGCGUUCGUCCUCUUUGUGCGCGUGAGGCUCACAUUUACUGUCACGUGAUGAGAGGAAGGCGACCGUCGGGUGAGGGGGUUCAUUCUUGAGCGUGCCGGCGAGCUGGAGUUUACGUUUUAGGUGACGUGGACCACGCGUUAGGAACAUUCAAGCAGUGUUUGUUCACACCAGAACUUGGUGCCAACGAAAUUCAGGCGUGCGAUAAGAAAGACACGUUUACAGACUUCGUUGCUCUGUGGCAUUAUUGUUCCAGAUGUUACAUCCUGGAUCUUUGUUUAUGUGCAAUUACUUUUUGUGGAAGAUAUGGUUGAAUAACUUUACUUUGAACAAUUGUGUACAUUUGUUUUGUAUAUUUGCACACACGUACAGCAUGUAUGUGUACACACAUACAUUACAGUACAUAUGUAUAUGGGUGCAUUUUAAAACUAUUGUUGUAACAUUAACUUAACAAACUUAAGGGUAAUAUUGAGUUAAAUGCUUUUACACUGUAACUGUUCAGGCACAGGAACCUGCCUGUUGGCACAACUCUCACUAAAUACUGUAAUGCACUGUAUUUAUUCAUAUUUAUUUAUUUAUUUGCUGAUACAGGUCGAACCCGUUGGCUGCAUAAAUGGUUCGUGUUGCUCUGUAGAGCUGCUGCGUGAUAAAUUAAGUCAGAGCUCAGAGAAAGCUUUUUGUUAAGAUUCCAAGGAUUGGCUCUGUUUCCUCCGCGACGACUUUCCAUCUAUUAGCUGCAUGUUGAGUCAGUUCACACUGGGCUGCGAUGUUCUGUUGCGCUUUGACCUUAAAUACUGAUGCUUUUUUGAUGGUCAGAGCCAUAGUUGCCACUUCCUGCGUACAUUUUGUUUGGACGCGCUGCUUUUGCGCUGCUGGAGAAACUUGAGUAGAGUUUAUGGAUAAACUACUUGAUUAAGCCGGUCGAACGAAGCAGGAAUGAACCCCCGUGCCCUCCUGUUGUGUUGUGUUGUGUUGUGUGUGGAUGCUUGCGUUCCGCCCGUUCGUGUCACAACUUGUUCGACUAUCGGUUGAAUCUGGGUGAGGCAGACUUUACUCUCCUGACGACACACAGUCCCAGCCGCCCACCGAGUCGUUGCCAAUCCCCUCAUUUCAUCUUGCCAAAUCGUCAGCGUCUGAGGUGCAGCGCGUCCUUCGCUUCCUGUGCGAAGUCGUGGGUGCGGACGAAUUUCUCGCAGUUCUGGUCACGCACACACACACACGCACACACACACACGCCUCACACUGCGCACCGCUCACCACCCCACCCGCCACCCCGGGUGUCAGCCUCCAGAAACGGUCAGAUAUAGUACGUCUGCUAGUAUCGCUCUGACGCACCUGCUAUCGCUGUUGUAAAGUAAAAAAAAAAGGAAACUAAUGUAUUUUUGGCUAUUGAAUGAAUUAAUGAAAAAAUUGCAUGAAAGUAGCUGUAAACCAUGAACUGAUGUGUCAUAGAAUUAGCUCAUCAUCCAUUGUAGUCAUCAGGCCACUGACUGGAGAGGUGGAAAAAGAGUGUGGGUAGGAAGCGGGGCUCUGAGCUGAUGGGGCUACUUUCAGUAUCACAUGUACUGCACUGUUCAUCCGUCUCAAAAAGGGCUUUGAAUCCAAUGACAUUUUUGAAUCCUAUUUAAAGUCCAUAUACAUAAUGUAAAUACAUGUAGAUUAUGUACACAUACAGCGCAGACGCUCAACCUGGAGUCUGCUUUUUAAAAAUAUAUGUUAUGGAAAGAAAAAAAAACCUUAAUGGGAUUAAUGGUUUGCCAUAUGGAAGCUGCUCUCUUUCUCAGCCAAAGCGAGAAACGGGAGAGGGAAGCAGAUCCUCAGCUUCAGAUGAACUUCUAUAUGUAUGUGAUAUAUGUUGUGACCCAAACUAAGAAUGCUUCUGAACAUUUUAAUGUACGUUUUUUUUUUUUAACCAUGUGGGAAAGACGUUUGUGACCACUGUGGGAAUCUCUGCGGGCAUGUGAAUACCUCGUGACUACCACUGGUUUAUCUAUGCAUUAUCAGCCGGGGGAGAAGCGACAGCGAAGUCGAUUUGUGUUUCGUUGAAGCUGCUCUCUGAUCCGCUGUGACGGAGGGCGUCGCACCAACAUCCUGGGCCUCCCGCUUCUCAGGGUGCCAUAAACGGUAGCUGUAACAUCCGUGCCCCGGCCCCCGCCGCCUGACAUAGCUGCACCGCCGCCACCCGUCUGCCCAGUCUGGUCCCACUAAGAACCCAGUAACGGCCUGGACACGCGGGGAGAGAUGGUGAACGGGACGACGGGAGUUACAGUAGUUGAACCUGGUCGGACAAAUUGGCGUUUGUCGUUUGUGUUCAUGUGAAAUGCAGAAAAAAUACAAGAUGUAUGAAAGCAUCACUAACAAAUCAUUAUUUUUAAUCUAACACAGCUGCCGGAUAGCCUGUUAACAUGUUUCUAAUGGAUUACCUGUGUUGUUAUAUGCUGAUUAUUCUGAUUACUGUUACCCUGUGGAUCCUAACGAUGACACUGGUCCAUGUGUACAGAUAAUGAGACGAGUCCUUUCUUCUAGGGUCAAGGGACCUUUUGUGGAGGGUCUGUCUGUUGUCGUCACGUCAUAUCUGCAACGUCAUGGCAUUUUCAAAGGCGAUGGAGCCGCUGUGGCUCCAUCUCGUGGAGGCGUGUGUGCACUGACGCAGGCAUCACUGUAGCCGCCCUGCAGCCUAAGGAGCCCGAACCGACCGCCGGGUCGCGAUACUGCAGUAGUGGCGUGGUCCUCGUAGGUCCACUCACCUGCGGGAACUCGUGCGAGCCUGAAACCUGUGUGUUGUGCGGUUUCCUUCCUCCUCUUGCACUGACGGGUUGCUGACGGCGUGCCCAGAGUGCCUCAUUGUCCAGUCUGUGCGCUCGCGAAAUGAAUGAACACAGACACACGGUUUGUUACUUUGCUGUAUUUCACGCGUCUGUCGACAUUAGUGUCCUGUGUAACAGACAGGCUCUCACUCCUCAGUCUCCAGCAACGAUUGUGCAAUAAACUGAAGUCUAUAUUUUUAA